AUGACCAUGGAUGCUGAUCCCAAAAGCGUCGAGUACCUCUCUAGUGUGUUAUUUGAAGCCAAGAAGCCCAUCACCUAUGUGGGAUUUUCAAGAUCUCGUCAUCUCCAUGUCAACCGUGCCAAGGUGAUUCUAUACGAAUUUUACAAAGCAAACUCGGAGCGUCUACAGGGCACUUUUAUUGUUACUGGCGUUGCAAAGGAUGGCAGCACGUUGAUUCGGUACGCAAAAACCGAAAAUUCGUUGGCUGAGACCACCAAACUGUUUGAUGCUGUGCACACAAUCCACAUUUAUCUGGUCAGUUCCAAGGAUUUACGUCUCACGACAACAGACAUAUCAUUGGAAGACACCAAGCACAGAAUUGACCAUCAAAACAUUGAAGAUUAUGAGAAAUGGGGGUUAAUUCGAGGCCCCAAAUUGGUGGUUACUGCUGCGAAAAUUGAACAAAACCAAGUUUCGAGCUCAAUUACUCAACCACCGGCUCCUACAACAAAAAAGCUGACUCCAGCUAAAACUGAAAAGUCUGCUGGGCUUACAUCAGGCUAUGUUUCUCGCAAAGCGGCAAACACUUCCAAAACCACCACUUCGAAAUCAGCUUCGAAACCAGCGAAACCAACUUCAACCUACCAGUACCAGUCACGCAAGGCUGCUAAGCGAGAGCCUGCCGAACGGGUGAUCGCUAGUGUUCCUGAUGACGACGUAGAGGAUGUUGAAGAUUUGGAAACGGCUCCUCGUAAAAAGCCACAGACCGAUCUCAAUCAAUUGUUCAUGGAUGAUUUCAGCGAUGAAGAACCAGCAAAAGAACCAACAAUGGAAGAAGACAUUGAGGAGAACAAGGCGGUUAUUUCGGAUCCAGAAAUCGUUGAUCCGCCAACGAACAAUGUUGAUCAUGGUGCCAAGCAGCCCAGUCCUGCAGACAACGAGGCCUCGGUUGCAACCACCAACUUUGACGAGAUCGAUGAAGAUGGCUACAUUGUUGCGAGAAAACCACAAAACGAACCCAAAUCGAAAAAGACACCUGUGGCAACUCCAGCCAAACGAACCGUGACGCAAAAACCGUCGGGAAAAAAGCAAAAGACUCAACUGUCACUCAUGAACUUUUUUGGCGGAAAGUAA